CUCCUGAGCCUUGGUGUCGCUCAACAGGAUUGUCGAAGGUCAGGUGUCAGUGGUGAAAUGGACUUCUUGUCAGCAUGGAUUGUGUCUCCUUCAGCUCUACCCUUUCUCUGUCUCAUCUUGGGCACGCAGGCCCAGCAGGCCUUCAGGUCUGAGCCCAGGAACCUCACUGUGCGGAUGGGAGCCACAGCUGUGUUGAGGUGUGAGGUGCUGCGGGCCUCAGGGACUGUGCAGUGGGUGAAAGAUGGCCUCCUCCUGGGACCACAGAGAAGCCUGCCAGGCUUUCAACGCUACAGCAUGACUGGAAACCCCAAGAGAGGGCAGUAUCAUCUUCAGAUUGAGAAGGCCCAACUGGAAGAUGAAGCCCACUAUGAAUGUCAAGCGGGCCAGUCUGAGAGCAGUCAAGCAAUCAUUUCCACUGCAGUUUGGGUCAACAUGCUAAUUCCUCCCUCCAAGCCAUACUUUGUGGUGAACAUGGCAACACCUUGGGUGGCACGGGCGAAGUACACCGUCACCUGUAUCGCACCUGACGCAAAGCCCAUGGCUGAAAUCACACUUUAUAAAGAUGGAGUCGAGCUGACAGGUGCAGAGUCUUUCACCACGUCUAGCUCAACGGAUAAGCUUGUGAACACGCAUGCUGAAGUAACGUUCACCGCUCUGAGCUCUGACAACGGGAGGCAGCUGGCAUGUCAUGCCCAGAAUCCCGCCCUUUUCCGGCCUGUGGAGACCACAAUGACCAUGAGCGUGUACUUCCCACCUCAGCCUCCAGUUAUUGUGGGUCUGGAGAGAGAGGAAGUCAAAGCGGGAAGAAUGCUCGUGUUGGAGUGUGUGUCUUAUGGUGGAAACCCCCUGGCCACUCUCCACUGGACCAAGAAUGGAGAAGUUCUGUCCAAGACUUGGGAAGUGGACGUCGCAGCGCAGAAGUCCAGCAGUAUCCUCAUCCUGAAAAUCAGCCCCGCAGACAACCAGGCAGUGGUGUGCUGUGAGAGUGUCAAUCUGGUGUCCCUGUCACCUCUGUCUGUCUGCCGCAAAAUCACUGUGCUCUUUGAACCUGCAGAGGUGACGCUGUUGGGUUCGUUCACAUCCGUCGAGGGGCAGGAGUUGAAUCUGGCCUGCUACGCCACCUCCAGUAAUCCGCCUGUCCAGAUUCGCUGGUGGCUGGGCUACAAGGAGCUCAACACCACUGGUGCAACUAUGGAAGAGGGAGACAAUGGUGGGAUGACAACCAUGUCCAACAUGACCCACAGGGUCUCCCGGGAGGAGGAUGAACUGCAACUCACCUGUGAAGCUUUCAACAAGGGCACACACUUCUCCAAGACCCAGAUCACCAUACUCAAUGUCUAUUACCCCCCUCAAAAGGUAUGGCUUGAUACUCCCUCUCCAGAUGUUCCUCUUCGUUCAGGGACCACGGUCCGUCUCAUCUGCUUCUCCACUGGAGGGAAUCCCACUGCGACUCUGACUUGGUUCAAGAAUGGGAAAGUUGUGACUGAUGCACUGAGGCCGACAUCCUUUGAUCGGAGUGUGGCUCGAGAACUGGUCCUGGUUCUGACGGCGAGUGACAACAUGGCCACCUACCGCUGCGAUGCUUCCAAUAAAGCAAAGAAGACCAUCUCUGCCCACACUAAGCUCUUGGUUCACUUUACAGCAGUAAGCAUGAAGAUCUCAACCAAACAGGAGAAGCUACGUCGGGGCCAAGGGAUAACUCUGGAGUGCCAGUCUGGAAGCAGUAACCCCGAGGCCAGCAUCUCCUGGAGUUUGGGCGGACUCAGGUUCCAGGGAGUGGAGCAGCCCCCCAGGAGGGCUCAGUUUGGUGGUGUGUCAGUGCACAGUUCUCUGUCCCUCAAUCUGAGUUCACAGCAUCAUAAUCAGCAUGUCAUUUGCCAGGCCUACACUCCUGUGUUAGCCGAGAGGGCUAAUACAUUCUUCAAACUUAAUGUGCUUUACCCACCAGAGUUUAGCCCAAAGCAGCCAGCGCAGGUUCAGGUGGUGGAGGAUGACAUGGCAACCAUCCCACUGCUGGUCUCAGCUAACCCAGAGGAGGUCUCCUGCAUUUGGCUGCACCGCAGGGAGAAGCUGGUCAAAGAGGGGAAUCUGCGCUACCACUGGUCAGAACAGAGCUCCCUGGAGAUCAAGAACGUGACGAGGAAAAAUGCCGGAGUUUACACGGUCAAGUGUACAAAUGAUGAGGGAGUCAACCAAACCUCCGUCAUGCUGGACGUUCAGUAUGCUCCCAGUGUCAAGGCAGAGAAAGAGCCUGUGUUAGUGAACCUGGGGGAAACAGCAGACCUGAUAUGUGUCGCAGAUGCCAAUCCCAUUAUAUCUGGCAUGUUCUCUUGGAAAUGGCUGGGAGAAGCGAUGGUGGAGUUGGGAGAGGAGACCCAGGAAGACGAAUCUGGCCUUCUGACCAUCUAUGAUGUGACUCGUGCUCAUGCUGGUCUUUACCAGUGCACAGCCGAUAAUGACAUAGCACCCCCUGCCACUGUAGACGUGCAGCUGGUGGUGCAAUUCAAACCAGAUCUUCAGAAAGGAGCCCAAUGGAGGAAGAUAGCAAGCAGAGGGGAUGGCACCACUACGGCUGAGGUAGUGUGUCAGGCAGAAGGUAUUCCUCGUGUGGACUUCACUUGGGAAAAAAAUGGUGUACGCAUGGAUUUUGCAAACCCCAGGUAUGAGGAGCAGACCGUGAGGGAGGGCUCCUUUCACACCAGCAGAGUUAGGGUUGUAAAUGUGAGCGCGGCUCUGGACUAUGCUGUCUUCAGCUGCACUGCUCGCAACUCACUCGGCGAAGACAAGCUAGACAUCCAGCUCGUCAGCACAAAUUACCCAGAUCCUCCUUCAUCAUUUCGCCAAAUCGGCUUCUCCCAUGACUCGGUCACUCUGGAUUGGAUCCCCAGCUUCAAUGGAGGUUUGCGGCAAAGGUUUCGUGUAAGAUACCGUUGGGAUCAGUCAGUCAGUUUCCUUUACGUGGACGUCUUUCCUCCCGGAGCAACAACCUUCACUGUCACUGGCCUUCAGCCUGUCACCACCUACAACUUCUCUGUCAAUGCCCUCAAUGCAAUGGGAGAGAGUGGAUAUGCUGACAACAAUGCAGUACUGACCAUCACCACCAAGGAGAGGCCAGACCUAGAAGAAGUCCCAACAGAUGAUGACUCAUUCUCACAUACAGUUCUAAUGUUUCUAAUGUGUUGUGAACUAGGUGCGAGUGGACUGCCCGUCUACUUGACAGUAGUGUUCACACUGGUGUUUGGAGUCCUGCUGGUGUUUAAUUCACUGGGUUGCUUCCUCAGAUUGAGGUGGAAAAAGAGGCGAGGCAAGACAGGGAGUAAAGGAGGCAAUGUGCUAGAUGGAAAGAAGAAUGAAGAGGAGGGAUCCAGUCAGUCAACUGUAAGCAACUCCAACAAGUAUGAGAGCAGAGAAAAGAUCAACGCCGCAGCCCAGCGCACGCUCCUCGUCGACUCUGGAUCUGAAACUGACAGCAAUGUCUACGAGAGCUAUGCAGCGGAAAGUUCCCAUUAUUAUUACCCCACCGGUGACUACAUGCCGCCUCUCAGCACACUCCCUGAGGAAACACGCAGGCACGAUGUCACGCACCUCCCUGUGGACACUAACAGCCAUCUGUAUGAAGACGUAAGAGACGGGGGUCUGAACCAGGACAUCCUGGCUUCCCCUCUUCCUUCCCCUCCGUUCUUGUUCGACCACAGAUUGUCUCUUCAAAGGAAUGAGUGGAGAGCCUUCCCUCAGCAGGCUGCUGGGAGAGGGAGAGGUGUUCGAAAACCUCAGAGAGAUUCCGAUCUUCCCUUUGAACUACGAGGAGAAUUAGUUUAGAGUGAGAAGGUCAGAGCAAACAAAUACUCUAUGAUACUGCUCAUUGAUAGUCAUUGCUAGUGUUGUGUAGCAGAUAUUGAAUGCAAAACGUGUUGAAUGUUAUCUCACAAGUCACAUUGAAUGUAACUGUCACAUGAGUAGAGUGGAGCUGAAAUGCUUGAUGUAAUAUUCCAUUUAAUACAGUAUUUCUAUUUGUUUUGUUAUUAUUCUUAACGUUGAGUGUUUUCCUCAGAUUGAGUUAACUUAACAUAGAUAAUUGAAGAAUCUUAAGAAAAGCAAUUAAGA